AUGUCAAACUCGAUUUCCGAUGAGGUAGCAGAGGACUACAAAAGUUCCUUGGAGGAUCUUAUCACCAACGAUCGAUUUCAGAUCAGCAAUCUGACUGUCAUCGCCAAAGAGAAUACCGAACAUGCAGAGGCCAUCUCCAAAGUUUUGGAAGAUCACAUUCGAUCUAUCCCGCCGCCGCAGAAGUUGCCCGCUCUUUAUGUAGUUGAUUCCAUCGUCAAGAAUGUUGGAACCCCCUACACUCUUUUCCUGGGACGGAGGAUGUUCCAGACCUUUAUAAAUGCGUACACUCUCGUUGAUUCGCCCACUCGCCGCAAACUGGAUGAGAUGCUCAAGACUUGGAAGGAGCCCGCCGCGGGCUCGCUGGACACACGCCCGGUCUUCCCGCCCCAGAUCACCCGUGAUAUUGAAAACGCUCUCAUCAAGGCCCGCACGGCAUUUUUGGACUCACAGCGGCUGAAAGGUCAACCGGAUAUUAAUCGCGGUCGUGGUAGCGUAACGCCAACAAGUUGGGCCAAUAACCCCACUCCACCGGGCAUGUCUCGCCAAAACCAGCCUUACGCGAAUCAUGGGGGCCUCGCAAGAACUGCUACACCACCGCAAGGACAACGCCAAGAUAUGGAAUUAAUGGCUCUGCAUCAGGACCUGGAGGCAUUGAUCGCGUCGGCACGAAACGACUUUGCGAACAGUCCAUUCAAUCCUAUGAGUCAACAGCGACUCAAGUCACUGCUUGAUCUCCAAGGUAUCAUGCAGCGCCAGCAACUUUCUCCUGAGGAGCGCAAACUUGUUCGAAAUCAACUCUCUUCGUUUAAACCUCCACAGCCAGUACCUUUCCAGGCUCCCAAUCCUGCCCCAGCUCCUCCGGCAUCAACACCUCCAACUCAACCUACAUCCCAACCGUUCCCACAUAUGCUCAAUUCCGAAACGAUCGCGGAGCUCCUUAAAGCUACUGCCAUGAGUCAACAACCCACGCCACCUCCCCAAAUUCCCAACCUUCUCCCUUCAAUGCCGCAGAUUCCUCCCGCCAACAAUACCCCACAACUGGCCGAUAAUCCCAUUAUCGCCGCUCUCCGUUUACGAGGGCUUUUGCCUCCUGCAUCAGCUCCACCAACGAUGGGAUCGAACGGAACACCACCCCCGGGAUCUUUGCCAUUUUUCAUCCCUGGUCAACUACGAGCUACCCCACCGGUUGCGACUCCUCAGACGUCUACUCCAGUCGGCUCAUCAUCCACGGUUCCCAUGAAUACUGCCUCUAUGAAAAUUCCUCGAAUGGCGCUCGUUGUUUCCCUGUACGAUGCGAAAUCUAAUCGGUGCGGAACCUGCGGCCGCCGUUUCCCGGCCACUACAGAGGGCCGCGAGAAAAAAGCCCGCCAUUUGGACUGGCACUUCAAAACCAACCAGCGCAUGGUUGAGGCUACCAAGCGAGCCCAGACUCGCAGCUGGUAUGUCGAUGAAGGGGACUGGAUUCAGUCUCGUGAGGUCGAUGACGACCAAGGCACCGAAGAUGCCGAGACGACUGCGGAAGGCACUGCAGGUGCUGAUAGUAAUGACACUAAGAAAGGCCCACCGAAGCAGUGGGUUCGAGCCCCUAACGAUGCUGUACUGCGCAAUACCCCGUGUCCCAUUUGCCAGGAGAAAUUCGAAUCGACGUGGUCCGAAGAAGUGCAAGACUGGAUCUGGCAGGACGCAGUCACUGUCAAUAGUCGAAUCUACCAUGCCAGCUGCUACGACGAGGUAACCAAGGAUGGCCCACCUGCACGUAGUUACACUCCUCAACAACGAACAGCCACUCCCGACUCAGUGCUUGGCAAGCGAAAAGCCGAGGUUGGUUCAAUCUCAUCUCAGAAGUUUUCCUCUAUUGGUCACUACUAA